AUGGGUAAUGGCACAAUAAAAUCCGUCGAAUGCUACAAUCCAGAUUCGAAUACUUGGACUUUUUGUGCGGAGAUGACAGAAUUUUACCAUUUACCUUGUAUCGCAGCACAUAAUGGUUACAUUUAUGUUGUAAGCUUUAGAGGUGUUGAACGGUACGAUCCUCAGCAAGACACAUGGUCACAGAUUUGCUCUUUGGUAGUUGGUCUUAGUGAUAUAGCUUGCAUUUCGCUAGACAAUAAACUAUGGGCUAUUGGUGGCAAGUCUAAAUCUUUUGACAAGUCAUGUGUAUCAGCCUUUGAUGAAGAAAAUUCCUGUUGGAUAGAAAGGUGCUCAUUACCCGAAAGUAAAGUGCGUAACAGUUUUGUGGUGCCUGAAUCCUUGCUGUCGUCGAUGUAA